AUGUCAAUGGACGAGCGAAUUCCAUCCCCUAGAUUGACAUUUGACGAUGAUUUUGUAGGACAAAUAUCAAAAGAAACCAAUAGAGAUGAAGUAACAUCGAUUAUUUUUGAAUUUUCACCAUCGAAAGGCUGUAUAUCGAAAAUCUCACCAAUAAAAUUAUACCAAAAUAUCAAAAAUUUGUCUUUAAUUGGACAUUAUAUUAGCGAUUUAACAAAUUUACAAGGAAUUGUAUCUCUUGAAAACUUAAAUUUAUCAUAUAACAAGAUCAAAGAUAUUACUCCCCUUACAAAAUUACCAAAAUUACGCUCUUUAUCAUUAAAUCACAACGAAAUAUCGUCAUUACCACGCUCCAUUAAGAAUAAUCAGAAUUUAUAUCAAUUAAGAAUUUGUUAUAACCCGAUAAAUUCAAGAAAUGAAUUAACAAAGUUACAUCCAUUAACUAGUUUAUCGGCAUUAGAUAUUGAAGGUACUCCAAUUUCGCAAGAUAAAUCAACAAAUCAAUACGUUAUCUUCUUAAUGCCACAAAUUAAUAUAUUAAACCGUGAAAAUAUUACAUUCGAAGAAAGAAUGAAAGCCAUGGAACGAUUUGGACGCCAAGAAGCAGAAGAAUUAACGCAAGAAAACGAUAAUCUUCGCGAAAACAUUGAAAACCUAAACAAAGAGAUAGAAUCGUUACAAAAUAAGAUCAAGGAAAAUCAAAAUACACCUCAAACUCAACAGCAGUACGAAGAGAUGAAGAAAAAAUACGAAAAUUUGAAAAUAGAAAAUAAUUCUCAAAAAAUUUUGAUCGAUCAAAGGACAGAUGAGUUAACUAAAGCUAGACAAGAAAUUGGGAAGCUCCAACAAGAACUAAUGGGAGAUGACUUGCCAAACGACAAAGCAUUCAAAGAUAUUUACAAAGAAAGUCAAGAAAAAAUCGUGAAUUUACAAACAGAAAACAAUCAACUGAAAAAGGAUCUUGAAAAUGCAAAAACAGAACAAGAAAACUUAAAUCAGAAACUUAACAAUCUAAACAAUAAUCUUAAUGAUAAUUCUUUAUUGAACAAAUCUUUAAAUGAUCAAAUAAAUCAACUAAAAGUUGAACUACAAAAAAUGCAAAAUACAAUUUAUAAAAAAGACGGAGAUCUACAAGAAAAAGAUGAUGAAAUAGAACAACUCAAACAAACACUUAAUGCACAGAAAACAUUUAGUAAUGAAUUGGAAGAAACAAAUAAAAAACUAAAAGAAAUGUUGAAUCAAAAUUCGAAAAGUGAUUUGACAAAUUCUUCAUUUUUAAGUUCAUUUAAUCUAACAAAACAAAGAUUAAAUGAUACAAAACAAGAGAACGAACAACUCCAAAACCAAUUAAUGCAAUUGCAACAACAGUUAUUGAUACUAAAACAAGAAAAUGAAAAUCUCAAAGAAAAACAAAAUUCUUAUUCUGAUUCAUUGAAUAAUUCAAGUAACAUGAGUGCUUUGGAUAUAAGUGGAAGUGAUUUUGUACAAAUAGAUCAAGCAAUCAUUGAUCAAUACGAGCAAAGAAUCAAAUCAUUGACUGAUAACAUUUCAGAAUUAAGAGAAAAAAUUUCUCAAAAAGAAAAUUCAGAAAAAUCAAAUGAUUCGCAAAGAAGUUUAGAACUAAUACAACUUAAAAAAAGUCUCGAUAAAGCAAAGAAAGAAAACUAUUCCAUUAAAGAAGAGAAUUUCAAAUUAAAUCAGUUGCUAAACAAUUACAAACGAAAAAUUGACAAUUUAAAUCAACUUCUUAAUGAUUUAAAUCCAAAAGAAAUCAAGUUAUUGUUAAGUUCAUUAAAGAAAGAUUUCUUAUUAAAGAGAGAUGAUUUCAUAAAAUACAUUAGAAAAGCUAAAAAUGAAGUAAGAAAUGCUUUGUCAGAAAAUUCGGAUUUAAUUGAAAAUCUUCAAAAUGAAUUACUAAAUAUGAAGGAGAAAUUGCAAAAUUCCAAAGCAGAAAACAAACAAAUUUUAUCUUUGCAGCCAAAAAUUAAUGAUUUGAAUAAGAUAAUGACACAAAUUCAGAAAGAAAAUGAAAGAUUGCAGAAAACAAAUAAAGAGAAAAACAAUGAAAUUGAGAAACUUAAAGAUGAAAAUGAGAAUUUAGUUUCGAAUAAUAAGAAACUUCAAACAGAAAAUAAGGAACUUAAAGAAAAUUUAGAGAAAGAAACAUCUCAAAAUUCUGAUUUAUUGAAUGAAAAUUCUGAUUUGAAUGAUAAACUUAAUGAACUUAGAAAUCAAAUCAAAACAUUGAAUGAUGAUAAGACAAAACAGAAUCAAUUACUUCAAAAGAAUCUUUCAAAUCAACUUAAAGAUCUUUUGGAUGAAAAUAAUUCACUUAAAGAUCAAUUAGCUCAACUACAAUCAUCUAAUAACCAACUUCAAAAAGAUAUUAAAGAUUUAACUCGUCAAAAUGAAUCUAAAACAAAAGAACUGCAAUCUAAAAUCAAUGAAAAAGAAAAUGAAAAUCAAAACUUGACAGAAAAAUUGAAUAGUUUACAAAGUCAAAUCCAAAUUUUGCAAAAUGGAAAUGAAGAUUUACAAAAUGACAUAGAAAGCAUCACAAAUGCAUUGAAUCAAUCCCAAAAUGAGAACAAAGAACUAAAAGAAGAAAAUCAAAAAAUCGAAAAAUCAAAUCAAAUAUUACAAUAUGAAAACAAAGAAGUUAAAGAACAAAAAGAGAAGCUUCAAAACCAAAUUGAUGAUUUAAAGAAUCAAAACUCGAAUUUACAGAACAAAGUUGAUGAAUUAAAUGAAGAAAUAUCUUCAAUCAAUGAAGAAAAAUCCAAUCAAGAAAAAGAAUAUCAAGAAAUGUUGAAAGAUUUAGAAACUAAAUUGAAGAAUUUAGAAGCAGAAAGAUUAGAAUCAAACAAAGAAAUCACAGAGAUAUUAGAGCUUGAUACAACAUUUGAUGAUUCUACAAUAAGUGAUCAUCUUAGAAAACAAUGUGAACAGUUGAAAUCUUUGAUUGAACAAAACAAAAAUCAAAAUGAAGAAAUUCAAAAUCUCAAGUCGCAAAAUGAAGAUUUAACAGUUAAAAAUGAGGAAAUGAAGAAAGAACUGAUGAAUAACCAAACAACAAUUUGUGAUUUGAUUAAAACAUCAGAAGAUAAAGAUAAAGAAAUUGAUGAUCUCAAACAAAAGAUUGAAAAACUUAAAUCUGAAAUUGAUAAUUCGAAGAAACAAUUGGAUACAACAUUAACAGAAUUCAAAGUCAGUAAUUUUGAUGAAUUACAAAGCCAAAUUUCGAGAAAUAAUGAUGACAAGAAGAAACUCGAACAAAAAGUGCAAAAUCUUCAAAAAGAAAAUGAAGAAAUGAAAAUUAAACUGGAGAAUAAAGAAAAUGAAAGAAAAUCUUUAUCUUCAUUAGAAUCAGAGAAUAUUCUCUUGAAACAGAAGCUUCAAAAUAAUGACAAACUACAUCAAAUACAGAUUGGUGAAUUACAAAAAGAAAUUGAUGUUUUGAACCAAACAAAGUCAAAGUUGUCAAAAGAAGUUGAUGAUAUUACUAAUGAAAACAUCACAUUAAAGAAUCAAAUUAACACAACAUUUUCGAUGUCAAUUGAUGAAAACAAUGAACUUAAGAAGAAAUUGAAUCAAUUGAUUAAAGAAAACAACAGUUACCAGUUACAAUUAAAUCAAUCUGUUCCAAAGGAAGACUUCAUUGAUCUUCAAAAUAAAAUCAGUGACUUAGAAAAUGAAUUACAAAAUUCUGUUUCUCUAAAAGAUUACAAUGAAAGUCAAGCCUAUUUAGAGAAAACAAUGUCAACAGUUGAUAACUUAAAGAGUUCUGUAAAAGUUGCACAAAAAGAACUUCAAAACAUGAAACAAACAAUGAAUAAUCAAAACACAAAGAUGACAAGCUUGCAAAAUACUUUACAAGACAAAGAUAGUGAAAUAUCUGAUUUGAAAGAAAAGAAUUCUCAACUAGAACUAAAGAUUGAAGAUUUGGAAGGAGAAAAGUCCAAAGAUAACGAAAAAAUGAAGAAUAAAGAUUUGCAAAUUAAGUUGAUGGAAAGUACAAUAGAGAAUAUGAAAUCACAACUCAAUGAAUCGCAAUCAUUAAACAAUGAAUAUGCACUGUUACAAUCAACAUUACAAUCCAAAGAAAAUCAAUUUUCUAAGUUACAAAAUGAAAAUGUAAUGUUGCAAACAAUGAAUCAAAAUUUGACAAAUGAAAAUGCUUCUAUGAAAGAGAAUCAUAACAGAGAAAUUCAGAAGUUACAAAAUGAUCUUCAGAAUAAAGAAUUCCAAGAAAAAAUGAUUAAUUCAGAGUUGCAAAAGUUGAAAGAAAGUUUGACACAAAAAGAUUUACAAAUUUCGAAUUUGUCAAGAUAUUCAAAUGAAAACGAACUAAAGAACAAAAACAUUCAGAUUGAAUAUCUCACGAACGAAAACAAGAAACUCAAAGAAACAAAUCUUGAUUUAGAAUCUCAAAUAAGAAAGAAAGAUAAUGAAAUCAAUGAUAUUAACUCUAAUUUAAAGAGAAAAGAAAAUCAAUUACAAGAAACAGAAAACACAAAUAGAAACCUUCAAAAUGAUAUCAAGAGGAAACAAAAUGAAAACAAUGAUUUGGAAAAUGAAAUCAACAAAUUGAAAGAUUUGUUAUCUAAAUCACAACAUGACAAUGACUUAGUUAACAAUGAUUUAAAGAGAAAAGAUCUUCAAAACAGAGAUUUGGAAAACAAAUUGAAGAACUUGAAAGACAAAUCGUCCGAGUUACAAUUAUCAUUAUCUAGAAUGGAAAGUGAUAAUAAGAGAAAAGAUAAUCAAAUAAUAGAAUUAGAGAAUGAUUUGAAGAAAUCAAAGGAGAUAAAUAACUCAUUGUCUAAUGAUUUGAAGAGGAAAGAAAAUCAAAUUUCUGAGUUGCAAAAUCAACAAAAUACUGAUUUGAUUAAGAAACAAAAUGAAAACAAUGAUUUAAUGAACGAAAAUAAGAGUUUGAAAGAGUUGAUUGCAAAGAAGGAAUCCGAAAAUGAUUCAAUAAACAGUGAAUUAAAGAGAAGAACAUUGCAGAUCAAUGAUUUGGAAAAAGAAAUCAAAGAUUUGGCUUCAAAGAGAGUUGACGAAAAUAAUGAUUUAUCGAAUCAAAUCAAGAACAUGAAAGACUUAAUAUCAAAGAAAGAAACAGAAAAUAACUCAAUAAACAAUGAACUAAGAAGAGUUAAUUCUCAGAAUAAUGAUUUGAAAGAGUUGCUUGCUAAGAAAGAAUCAGAGAUCAAUGCAAUCAAUAACGAGUUAAAGAGGAUAUCUUCAGAGAAUAAUGACUUGAAAGAUAUUAACUCUAAAUCAGAGAAUAAUUAUCAAGAUCAAUUGAAAAACUUAAAGAAUCAAUUGACACAACUUAAAAACGAAAAUCAAAAAUUGAUGAAAUCAUCUACUGAAGAGAAAAAUAAACUAAAAGAUUUGAUCAAUGAAAAAAAUAUCCAGAUACAAAGUUUGCAAUCAAAGAAUGAAGAUUUGGUAAACAAUCAAUCCAAGAUAAAUAAUAAACUAGAAUCAAUUCAGAAAGACUUAGAUGAAAAAGAGAAUCAAAAUUCAGUUUUAAUUUCAGAAAAUGAAAAAUUGCAGAAUGAGUUAAUGAGUUCAAAGACUGAAAUACAAACAUUGGAUCAAAAAGAAACUGAAUUCAAUGAUAAACUAAGAGAAAUGGAAAGAAAUAACAGAUCAUUGAGUUCUCAAAUCAACGAUCUUAAAGAGAAACUCAAUAAUUUAACAGAAACAAAUGAAAAGAUCUCUGAUGAGAACACAAAGCUUAAACAACAAAUGAAGAUCGAAUCAGCAAAUAAUCAAAAACAACUUAAGCAGUUAGAAACAGAAAAAUUGAACAGAUUACAAGAAGAAAACAAUAAGUUAAAGUCUCAAAUCUCAAAGAAGGAUAGUGAUUUGCAGAAACUCAAACAAGAAUCAGAACAAACUAUCAAUGAUCUGAAAGAAAGCUUAUUAAACAAAGAAGAAAGUUUGUCAAUCUUGGAGAAAUCAGCUGAUUUCAUUACAAAACAAAUUGAUGGAAAGAGUAAAUCAAUCAAUGAAAAUUCACAAAUCAUUGAACAAAUGCAAGAAAAGAUUAUCCAGAAAGAUAAUGCUACAACAGAUUUACAGAAUAAAAUCAAACAACUUGAAAGUCAAUUGCAACAAAAUGAAAAAGAUAAUGAUAAAGUCAAACAACUUCAAACAGAACUAAAAGAACAUCAGCUGAAAAUCAAGAAUCUUGAAGAAAAAAUUGUUAAAUUGAACAAUGAAAACAACUCAUUACAAAAAUUGAUUAAUUCCAAAGAUGACGAAAAAGUCAAACAGCUUCAAAACAAUAUCAAUGAAAAUGAAGCUAAAACGAAGACAUUCGAAGAUCAAAUCCAAAAACUGACAAGUGAAAACAAUUCUUUACGAAAGAAUAUCAAUGAAAAUGAUUCUAAAGUAAAGAGUUAUCAAGAAGAAAUUCAAAAUCUGACAAAUGAAAAGAAUGAUUUGAUUAAAUCUUCUGAAACCAAAAUCAAAGAGCUGACAGAAUCAUCAAAGAACCAAAUAUCCGAGUUAAAUCAAAGGUUGCAAGAUGUCACAAGAAAAUCUGAUUUAGAUUUACAGAAGAAAGAAAUGGAAAUACAAAUUGCAAAUAAAAACAUUUCAGACUUACAUCAACAACUGUUAGAAUCAAACCAAAAGUUAAAUGAAAUUAAAUUGCAAGCAAAUAAUCAGCAAUUGCAACUUAAACAAAAGGAAAAUGAUUUAACAACAGCAAAUUCUAUCAUUGAAACACUUAAAAAUGAAAUAGAGAAUACAAUGAAUAAAUCAUCUAUUUUGGUCCAAAAUGAAAUGAACAAGAAAGAUGAAAUUAUUCAAAAUCUUCAAGAACAACUUUCUAAUUUGAAACAAGAAACAAAUGAGGAAAUUUCCAAGUUACAAAAUGACAAGAAUAAUCAAACAGAACUCUUGAAUUUGAUCAAAUCCAAGAAUGAUGAAAUUAACAACCUCAAAGAAAUCAACAGGCAAAAGGAUCAACAAAUCAUGGAUUUGAAGAGAUACGAACAAACAGAAUUGUUGAACUUAUCAAACAAUGAUGAUCAAAACAGAUCAUCUUCUAUUGUUUACAACAGUUCAACAUUGAUGAAAUCAUUGAGACAAGUCAAAGAAGAUUCUCAAAUAAGAGAGAAAUUCAUUGACGAUCAGUUGAAAUCUUUAUCAAUGCAAAAAGAUGAAGAAAUCAAGAAUUUACAAAAUAAGAAUUCAGAAAAAGAUGAAAAGAUCAGAGAUUUGGAAAAACAAAUCAAUAAUUUAUCAGAUAAUUCAAACCACAUCAAAGAAGAAUCAAUGAUAAACGAAGUCAAAUUGAAGUCAAACAUUGAUUCAAUGAAUGACAAAAUAUUGCAGAUGCAAAAUGAUUCAAAUCAACUGUUCAAAGAAAAUCAAAAUCUUAGAAAUUCUAUUGACAAACUCAACAAACAGAUUAAAGAUUUUGAACAAGAAAAUGAAUCAUUGAAACAAACAAUUCAAUCAUUUACUAAAUUAAACAAUGAAUUAACAGAAGAAAAUGAGAAAAUAUACAAGAAAUACAAUGAUUUGAUUAACAACAACGCAGUCAAUGAAAACAAUCUUCAAGUGAUGAAAGAUCAAAAUAACAAGAAUCAAAUAAAGAUUUUGGAAUUGACCAGAAACUUAGAAAUGUCGAAAUUCAAUGAUGACCAAAACAAAGACAAAAUUAAUGAAUUGGAAACAGAUUUGGCAGAAAAAGAAAAGCUUAUUAAACUUCUUCAAAAUCAAUUAACUGUUUCGUCAUCUGACAAAGACAUGAAACAAAUUUUGCAGCAGAAAGAUGAAGAAAUCAGAAAGUUGAACGAAAACAAUGGAAAAAUCAAAGUAUUGCAGAAUCAAAUAGAGAAAAUGAAGGAAGAAAAUAAUUCAAAGACAAAUGAAUUGUUGAAUCAAUUGAAAGAAUCAGAAAACAAGAGAAUUUCUUUAGAAGCAGAAAAGAAGAAAUUAGAAAUUGAAAUUUCAAAUCUGAAUAUUGAUGACAAUAAUUUGAAAUUAAUGGAGCAAAAGAUGAAAGAAAUGUCCAAUGUUAUCAACAAAUUACAAUCACAAGAAAGUGAUAAAGAUAGGACUAUAAUGAACCAAACUAAACAAAUUAAGAAACUUGGAUCAAUUAUGACAAAAGCUAAAUCAUUGAAAGCAGAAAAUACAUUAUUACGAAGUCAAAUUUCUGAUUUGGAAUCAUCUAAGACUGAAAUCUCUUCUGCAUCUUUGAAUUCAUCUUCUCCACAAAUGUCUUCUUUAUCACAAAAGAAGAAAAUUUCCAGACUUGAAAAACAAGUCACCGAGUUAUUGCAAGAAAAUGAAGAUCUCAAAAUGGAAAUAAUUCAUAAGAGUACAAGUGAUGAAAAUUUGGAUUCACUUGAAAAUGAGAAACUACAAUUAAGAAUCAAAUCUUUAGAAACUCAGUUAAAUAAGAUGAAAGAAAUUGAAAAUGAAAAUAAGAACUUAAAGACAAAAGUUAGUUUCAUGGAAGAAAAUUCUAAGAAGUUGUCAUCAGAAAUCGAAUCUUUGAUCAAAAAAAAUGGAGAAAUGAAAAUCAAUUUGGUUUCAUUGAAAUCAAUCAAAGAAAACUUUGAAAUACUUGAAAAAUCAUCAAAAGAAAGAGAAGCAGAAUAUUCCAAAUACAGAGCUUCACAAGAAAAGAAAGUUAAUGAUUUGCAAACGAAACUUUCUACUCUUGAAAAUGAUUACAGUGACUUAAAGAAUGAAAACGAAAUGAAUGUUUUGGAAAUCCAAAAAAUUACAAAUAAUUUGAAGUUGAAAGAGAAUCAGUUACAGCGAUCACUGGAUAAUGACAAGACAAUGGAUUCAUUACAAGCAACGUUAAACACAAAGACAAGUGAAAAUCAAAAACUAUCAACUGAAUUAGUUCUUAGGAAUAAUGAAAUCAAAGAUCUUAAAGAUGAAAUUGGAAAAGUAAACAACGACAAAGAAGAAUUAAUGAAAAUAAUUAAUGUAAAUAACACUUUGGUUCAGAAACUUCAAAAAGACUUAUUGGAUAGAAACAAUCAAAUUGAGUUCUUAAACAAAGAAAUCCAAGAAAACAAAGAAGAAUUCGAUCAAAAGAUUAAUGAAAGCAAUACAAAGAUUGAUGAACUAAACAACAUAAUUAAACAAAUGAAAGAAACAAUCAAAUCAUUGAGUAAUGACAAAGAUAACUUGAAAUCAACGAUCGAAGGAAAUGAAGAUGAAAUACAUAGGAUUGCAAACAAAUUACAAAAGAAAUCCAAUAAAAUCAAUUUCAUUUUGGCCGAAAAUGAAAAACUUCAAAAUGAAAUCGAAAAGAAUAACAAAGAAAUUGAGAAUCUUCGUAAAAAACUGAAAUCCAAUGAAGAAAAACUCAAUAACCAGCAGAAAGAAAGUAAAUCAUCCAUUCAAAAUCAUCUCCAAAUCAACAAUGAUCUUAAGAAAGAAAAUGAAGAACUUUCCAAUCAAUUGAAACUCAAAGAAGAUGAAAAACAAAAGCAAAAUGAAGAAUUUGAUCUGAAAAUUAAACAAAAAGAAGAAGAAAUUUCCAAACUCAAAGAUGAAAUUUCCAAUUUACAAAACAAGAAGGAAGAAGCUAAUCAGAACAUUAUAAAUGAAAAAGAAGAGUUAAUUAAAGAAAAUGGAGAUUUGCAUCAUAAAAUUGAUGAAUUGCAAACAAAUAUUGAAGAUUUGAACAAGAAAUUGAUUUCAUCACAAAGAGAAAACGAGAAAAUCAUCAAUAAAUUGAAGAAAGAUCUUGAAGAGUCAAUCAAAUCUCAAAAAGUUCAAGCAAAACUUAUCAAUCAUAGAGACAACAAACUCAAAGAAAAUGAAAAAGAAGUUCAUUCAGUUUUGUUAGAAAACGAAAUCCUGAAAAGCGACAUCAAGAAGAAAUCGAAUGAAAUUGAUAGAUUGAACAAACAAUAUUUGACAUCAACAAGUAUCACACUUGCCAACGACUCCAAUCUCUUUGAUAGACAAGCAAACAAUGAUCUUCAAAAACAAAUUGAAAGUUUGCAAAAUCAAAAUCAAAUGUUAACACAAAACUUAACAAGAAUGAGAGAAGAAAUUGAUCAAAGAAACACAGAAAUUAUAGAAAUAAAGCGAGAAAGAACAGAGACACAAAUCAAUGAUAAUAGCCAGUUGAAAGAGAACUUGUUAAACAAAGAGAAAGAAAUCCUUCGUCUUAAGAACGAAAAUCAAGAAUUAAUCAAAGAAAUUACAGACAAAACAUUGAGAUUAUCAGAAGUAGAAAAGAACUUUUUGAAGCAAACAAUUUCUUCUAAGGAUUAUGAAAUGAGCAUGAAACCAAAACUUCUUGAACUUGAAGCAGAAAACAAAUCUCUCAAAGAAGAACUCAAUGCAAAUGAAGUUGACAAUGAAAAGAUUCUUAAACUUAAAGAUGAUGAAAUCAACAAUUUGCAGAAAGCUAAAGGAGAUUUGAACUUAAAGAUUGUUGCAAUGGAAAAUUCUCAAAAGAUUAAUGAAAAGAAGAAAGUCAAAGAAAUAAUUCUUAAGUUACAAAAGAUGGAAGUUGAAAACAAAGAUCUAACAAACAGAUUAAAUGAUUUAAUGAAAGAAAAUGAAGACUUAAAGAGAAAUAUUUCAGAUCUGAUGAAAGGAAAAUCAUUAACUGAAGAACUAAACAAGAAAUUAGAUGAAAUCAAGAGAUCAAAUAUUGCAAUUUCAACUGAAUUGGAAAUUACAAAGCAAAAACUAAACAAAGAAGAAAGUUCCAAACGAAAAUUAAUGAAGAAGAUUGAAGAACAAAAAUCUUUGAUAAAGAAACUGAAUGAAGAAAAUGAUUCACUAAAGAAAUCAGAGGAAGACAAAAUAGGAAAAAUCAAAGAAAAUGAAAAUAAUUUGAUUUUAGAAACAGAAAAAUCAAAACAAAAAGAAGAAGAUUUACUAAAGAAGAACAAUGAUUUAGAAAAGAAACUCUUAGAAUACCAGAAGAACAUUGCAGAAUUAAAUGAGAAACAUAAACAUGAAAUUGAUUUGUUGCAAAGCAAAAUCAACGAUUUAACUAAAUUUAAAGAAGAUCAAACGAAAGAAAUUACAAACUUGAAUCAAAUUAUCUCACAACUGAAGAAUGAUAUUCUUAAAUUGAAUCAACAAAUUGAUGAUCUGAAUCAAAAAUUCAAUGAAAAACAAAAAGAAUGUGAACAAAUUGAAACUGAUUUAAAGCAAAAAGAAGUUAAAAACAAGAGCCAAACUGAACUUCAAUUUGAAGCAGAAAAGAAGAAAUUAGUUGAACAAAUUUCUUCUUUGAACAAUGAAAUCAUGUCAUUAACUAAUGAUAAAGCAAAACUUGAAGAAGAUCAACAAAAACUCAUCAAAAAAUUAAAGAAAUUAAAUGAAGAAUAUCAAUCUAAGCGUUCAGAUUAUGAAUUUCAAAUUAAGACUAUUACAAACAAUUAUGAAGAUGAGAUUCAAAAGCUCAAAGUUACUAUCAAAAAACUUGAAAACGAACUGGAACUUUUGAAGAUUGAAAAUGAGAAAAUCAAUGGAAUUCUUCAAGCAAGAGAGAAGACGAAUGAAAAGCUACGGAAGUCAAUAAGUGAUUUAAGAGAUAGCUCUAAUGAUGAUUCUAAAUAUAACGAGAUGAAAUUGACAAUUGCAAAACUCAAAAGUGAAUUAAAUUCACUUAGAAAUCAAUCAAAAGAAAAUUCUUCAAUCAGUGAUGACAAACUCGAAAAAUAUAAACAGAUUGCAAAGAGAGCACAGAAGGUUCUUUCUUAUGCAGCAUCUCUAAGAGAGAAAGUAAUUGAAACACAGUCAAUUACUGAAUGUUUAGAGAUAUUGAAUUCAAUAUUCGUUAGUGCUAAAUUGGAAAGAGUUGUCCUUAAAUCUAAAUCAAUUGAAUCUCCAAAGAAAUCACUACAAUCAGCAAUAUCUGAAAUACAGCGCAUAUUCCCAUGCGUUUCAGCUGUUGUUGAGCCAUCAGAGAAUAUUCAUUCACUUGAUGACCAAGUUCAAGUUCUUCAUCAACAAUUUUCUUUAUUACGUGAUGUCUUUGAUAAUCGAGAGAAAACAGUUGAUAACCUUGGUAAUCUUAUUCGAUCUCUAUCUGAGAACAGCUCAUCAUCAUUCAUAGAAAACACUAUAAAUCAAGCAAAUGUACUCAUCUCAGGAGAUCAAAAAUAUCGUUAA